AUGGCGCCUCUCACUGCGGCCUCCGACGAGCACACGCAUCAAGCUCUCCUCGAUCAGCUCGACAUCUACAAGGUCCACAAGCCGUUCCGCAAUUCACACUGGAAGCCGCCGCAACGUCGCAACAAGAAUGUCAAGCAGAUCAUCGCCGAUGCCACGCGCAAAGAAGCCUCCGUUAUGGCUACCCAGAACAACAGCGGCGCCUCUACGCCUGCCGUACCGCAUACCGAAGGUGCCACCGGCACCGCAACCCCCGUCGGUCGACCCCCAAACAUCGCACAAGCUGCUCAAAGCCUGAGUACCCUUGUGCUGGAAAAGAAUCUACGGACUGCUGGGGGCGGAACAGGGCUUGCGCAUGGGAAUAGCACAGGGCCUGCAGCUACGUAUACGAACAUUGAGAGUGCACCGAGCUUUCAUCCGAGUAGUCAGAGGAGGUACUGCGACAUUACAGGGCUAUCAGCACCCUACACGGAUCCCAAAACCAGAUUACGUUAUCACGACAAGGAAGUAUUUGGCGUCAUAAGGACGAUGCCACAGAACGUUGUUGAGGGGUAUCUCGGUGCGAGAGGUGCACACACAGUAUUGAAGUGA